CCCAAGUACUGCGAUUCAUUUCAUCCUGCGGGUGGUGGUGAUCUAGGCUUGAUCCAUCAGAGGAAGAGGGGGCGGUGACCUGUUGGAAGAUAAUGCUGGCCAACCAUUUAUCUACCGAGAUCCAGAGCAGCAUCACCAUAGAAUAUCUGAACUCUUCUGGUCACACCACAAAGCGAAAAGUUAUCCGCAAUGCUUUUAUCACCCUUGGACGAAAUGAAUUCCGUGAGCUGGUUUUAAAGGUGAGUGAUGGGAAGCUUCCACAGAACUUUGUCCUCAAGCAGAUCCAACUGUUCACCCGCUUCAUCAAAGAUGGGAAAAGCUCCAUCGUUCUGGCUCCAGAAAAUGUCCAGUUGUUGAUCUCUAACUGCCCCUCCGAUAAGCUGAAGCACUUUAUGAAAACUCUCCUUAUAAAACAUGAAGCUGGAAAAAUUGAGAAGCCAGUAAAUGACCGCACCAGACUCCUCUCAGGACUUCCACGUGUGUUUGAGACCAUCAGCCCAGUGCAGAAAAAAGAUGUUCAACAAGCCAACGAGCUGCGUGCCAAGGCCAACACUGAGACUCCGGUCAAGGCAAAGGGACUGAGCCACAGGGGUGUCAAUCACUGCCAACAGAAGCGAGCAAGGACCACCUCUUCAGACAGUUGCUCUAUUGCAGCGCUCCGGCCCAGCAAGAAGCCAACCCUGUCUAUGCCCACGCAAAUGCGACUUUCUACAGAACAAACCCUGGUCCUGAAUACUGUACUCAGCGGAAAGAAUGUGUUCUUUACGGGCAGUGCCGGAACUGGGAAGUCUUUUCUGUUAAAAAGAAUUGUUGGUGCCUUACCUCCCAAGAGCACGUACGCUACAGCAAGUACAGGGGUGGCAGCUUGUCAUAUCGGAGGAACAACUCUGCAUGCGUUUGCUGGCAUUGGCUCAGGGAAAGCCCCGCUGGAGCAAUGUAUUGAACUGGCAAAAAGGCCUGGGGUGCGUCAGCACUGGAUAAGUUGUCGUCAUCUUAUAAUUGAUGAGAUCUCUAUGGUAGAAGGAGAAUUCUUUGACAAACUAGAGGCGGUUGCUAGAGCUGUGCGAGGCCGUGAUGAACCAUUUGGUGGGAUACAACUUAUUGUCUGUGGGGAUUUCCUUCAGCUACCCCCAGUCACACAGGCCUCAAGUCAAACAAAAUUCUGCUUCCAGGCAAGAAGCUGGAGGAAAUGCCUUCAUCUGAACAUGGAGCUAACGGAAGUGAGGAGACAAACUGAUAAAGCAUUCAUUGCCCUCUUGCAGGCUGUCAGACUUGGCAGAUGUACAGAAGAAGUGACCAGACAACUGAUUCUCACGAGUAAACAUACAAUUGAGCGAGAUGGUAUUCUGGCAACACGGCUCUGUACCCACAAGGAUGACGUAGAAUUUACCAACGAGAGGCGACUACAGCAGUUGCCAGGAGAAUGUCAUACUUAUGACUCAUUAGACAGCGACCCAAUGCUAGUGAAGACGGUCAAUGCUCAAUGUCCUGUAAGCCAGCAAAUUCAGCUGAAAGAAGGUGCUCAGGUCAUGCUGGCCAAAAAUCUAGAUGUGUCACGUGGCUUGGUCAAUGGAGCACGAGGAGUUGUGGUUGGCUUUGAAGCGGGCAGUAAAGCUUUGCCUAGAGUACGCUUCCUAUGUGGUGUUACUGAGGUUGUAAAGCCGGAACGAUGGGUGAUCAAAGGUAAUGGUGGAAUAUUCAUGACCCGUCAGCAGUUGCCUCUGAAGUUGGCAUGGGCUAUUUCUAUACAUAAAAGCCAGGGAAUGUCUUUAGAUUGUGUGGAAAUCUCAUUGGUUCGUGUCUUUGAAUGUGGCCAGGCGUAUGUAGCCCUUUCUAGAGCGCGCAGCCUCGAGGGUCUAAGAGUUAUGGAUUUUGAUCCUAAAGUAGUAAAAGCCAACCCAUAUGUCCUCCAGUUCUACGCCAGGAUGCAGAAGGAGAGAGCACUGUGCCAGACUUCUCUUGAAGACUUCCUGGAAGAUAAAGAGAAUUGACAUCAUGAUUAUAUGUCCUCUUCUGUGUAGGAAUAUGUAAAUAUUAGUGUACAGAUCAAAUUUGCUACUAUUUUUUUUUACUUUUUAUAACAAUCUUUUUAUUAAAAACCAUUGGCACUUAA